AUGUCUGACCUCCUGCCGGUGCGCGAUGACGGCUACGUGGAGCUCUUCAAGUUGCAGCGGCUGUUCGGCGCGACCUUCUCGGAUUGCCAUGGCGGCGCUGGGUCGGGGGAGGCUGCGGCGCAGCCUCUGCCCAUAGAGCACGCCUGGUGCCGCGGCGAGGUCAACGCCGCGGUGGUACUGCGGCCCACAGACCCCGCAUUCCCGGUAGCCUGCCUAGGUGACGAUCGGGCUAUCGCCAUGCGGCUCACUCUGCGCCGGCAAUGGCCGUCGGAGGGCGCAUCUCAGGAGCUGGGGGCGGAGAAGCCGGCAUGCCCAGCUGAUCCCGGCGACGCCGCGCCUUCCGCCGAUGGUGGCGGGGCGGCGCCCACCCCCGCCAGCUGCUACAGCGUCAACGCCGCGGCGGAUAUAGCCAUAGACAACGCGAGCAUUAGCCACGAGCUCAAGCUGGUCAUCAAGAAGGUGAUGCUCACCUUCGUGUCCAAGUACCGCGCAUCACAGCGCUACGUGGUCUACGAGUGCCUGAAAUUCCUGGACCGGGAGCUUGCGCGUAUUUUCGCGCUGUACGGAUCGCAACAGAGCAAGAAAGAGGCCAAGGAGCCGGCUGCUGCCGCCUCCGCAACUCCCAGCUCUGACCCCGACACGUGGUCGCUGCAGGAGCAGAAGAGCCUGGAGUUCGCGCUGGCGAAGACAAAGUCGCUGGCGGACCCGGCGAAGCGCUGGGCGGCUGUCGCCAGCGUGGUCAAGACGAAGACAGCGGAGGAGUGUCGGCGCAGGUUCCAGCGCUGCAGGGAGCAGCUGCUCAACAAGGCCACCGAGGAACACAAAUCGCUGGCUACGAUGCCCAAGGACUUCGAGACGGUGCUCGCCAAGAGUGAUGAGCUGCGCCUGCUGGAGCUUGAGCUGGAAAAAGUUAGCGUCAUCAACGUCGUGAGCUUCGUCGCGCAACUGGCCUGCACCCGAUGCGAAGCGCUAUUCGACGCCACGUUCGCCAUGGGGGACAAGAAGACCGCAGUGGUGCAGCGCAGCUGCAGCAACUGCAGCAUGGCCCAGCGCGGCGAGUUCCAGCCGCAGAUAGCCUUCGGCACGCAACCCGUCAUCGGCCGAAUGAGCCUGGAGAACUGCGUUUUCAGGGCAGGUUGCCGGAGGCAUGAGCUGACCGCAUUGCAGGAUCUCAUAAACGGCGAGUUCUACCUCACCUGCGAGGCGUGCGACACCCAGUGCAAGGUUAGGGACGUGCAGAAUGGCCUGCGCAAAAGGUCGAGCUGCCGCGGCUGCUUCGCCAGCCUCACGCUGCAGUUCAACACCGUGGAAUUCGGGCACGAGGCUCCAUCGCCGCAGGCGAUCGCCGUGAAGCCGAAGUUCGUGCCCCCGAGGGCGCCACGGCCAAAGGCGCAGCAGGCGCGCGGCCUGAAGGUUGGCACGCCUCUGCCGGACAACGGAGCCUGCAAACACUACAGGAAGUCGUUUCGGUGGUUCAGGUUCCCGUGCUGCGGAAAGCUGUUCCCGUGUGACGGAUGCCACGACGAGGCGUCGGACCACCCGUACGAGCCCGCACACAUGAUCGUGUGCGGUCGCUGCUCGACGCAGCAGCCGGUGUCCAACAGCAAGUGCCGCGGCUGCGACCGCGGCUUCACCGCGUCGAGCUCGUCGUACUGGGAGGGCGGAAAAGGCUGUAGGGACGCGGUAAAGCUCAGCCGCAAGGAUUCCAAGAAGUACGGACUGAUGCGCCGGCAGGCGAAUGCCAUGGCGCGCGACUCCAGCGACCGGAAAGGCUAG